GUCGAUGUCAAAGGCUGGCCGCGGCUCCCUUCGCCGCAGUCGCGCGAGCCGGGGGGGAGCUGCAGCCGCAGCCGCGCCGCCGCCUGCAGCAUGGCCACGGCCGCCUCCAACCCCUACAGCCUGCUGGGCUCGGGCGCCCUGGUGCACGGCGGAGGCGGCGGCGGAGGCGCGGAAGGGGCCACGGCGGGCAUGCAGCAGGGCAGCCCCUUCCGCGGCGGCGGCGGCGGCCCCAAGCUCCUGCAAAGCGACUACCUGCAAGGCGUGCAAAGCAACGGGCACCACCCGCUGGGCCACCACUGGGUCACCAGCCUGAGCGACGCCGGGCCCUGGGCCGCUUCCCUGGCCGGAGGGGGCGAGCAGCCCGACGUCAAGCCCGGCCGCGAGGACCUGCAGCUGGGCGCGCUCCUCCACCACCACCGCGCCCCCCACGCCGGCGGCGGCGGCCACCCCUCGCCCCACCAGCCCAACGCCUGGGGGGCCAGCCCCGCCGCCCACCCCAACGGCCAGCCGCCCGCCCUGCACGUCUAUGCCCAGGCCGGCUUCACCGUCAGCGGCAUGCUGGACCACGCCGGCGGCCUCACCCCGCCGCCGCCGCCCCCGCCGCCAGCCUCGGUCGCGCCGCAAGGGGGGCUCCAGCCGCAGCAGCAGCAGCACCCGGGGCUGCGCGGCGCCGACGACCCCGGCAGCGACCUCGGCGGCCCCCACUGCCCCGGCGACCACUCGGACGAGGAGACGCCCACGUCGGACGAGCUGGAGCAGUUCGCCAAGCAGUUCAAGCAGCGGCGCAUCAAGCUGGGCUUCACGCAGGCCGACGUGGGCCUGGCGCUGGGCACCCUCUACGGCAACGUCUUCUCGCAGACCACCAUCUGCCGCUUCGAGGCCCUGCAGCUCAGCUUCAAGAACAUGUGCAAGCUCAAGCCCCUGCUCAACAAGUGGCUGGAGGAGGCCGACUCCACCACCGGCAGCCCCACGGGCCUCGACAAGAUCGCCGCGCAGGGCCGCAAGCGCAAGAAGCGCACCUCCAUCGAGGUGAGCGUCAAGGGCGUCCUCGAGACCCACUUCCUCAAGUGCCCCAAGCCCGCCGCCCAGGAGAUCUCGUCGCUCGCCGACAGCCUCCAGCUCGAGAAGGAGGUCGUGCGCGUCUGGUUCUGCAACCGGCGCCAGAAGGAGAAGCGCAUGACGCCCCCCGGCGAGCCCCCCCCGGCCGCCCCCCACGAGGUCUACGCCCCCCAGCAGCAGCAGCAGCCCCAGCCCCCCCACCCGGGCAAAACGGACCCCUCGCCCUGCCACGCCGACCUCUGA